AUGUCUUCGAUUUCAUUGAUUUUUUUCUUCUGUCAGCGGUUCUUGUCUCAAAGAUUCCUCCAGAGAUUCUUUAGGCUUGAAGGAGAAGUUCUUUUUCGUUCUUCCAGAUCUUCUUUGUCUAUUUUCAAGACGCGCCUCUUUCCUACUAAAGCCCGGAUGUAUUAUCUCCUGCUGUCUAAAGAGUUUUACUUACGUUCUUUUGAUUUUUUUUUACUUACUUCCCUCCUGUCCCCAUUCUCUCUCUCACUCUCUCUUUCCCUGCUCCUAUUCUCUAUUUCGCUCUCUCAUUAUUUCUCUCCCCCUAUCCCAUCUCACUCGCUUUCUCUAGCUCUCUCUCUCUCUCUCUCUCUCCUCCCUCUCUAUUUCUCUGUCCAUAUUACAGCUGUGGAUUACCGCCCAUUCAAUGUCGUUUUUCUUUUCACGAAACCCUUUCACUUUCCAUCUAACUUAAACGUCAAUCGAUUGUCAUGCAUGUGUGUGUGUACGCGUGCACUAUCUAUCUAUCUAUCUAUCUAUCUAUCUAUCUAUCUAUCUAUCUAUCAGUCGGUUCAUUAUCUAUCUAUCUAUCUAUCUAUCUAUCUAUCUAUCUAUCUGUCUACUAUAUUGACGUAA